AUGAGUUUCGAGGGGGGCCCCUGGGGCGAGUUCCGAGGGGGGCCCCGAGGGGGGCUCCGAGGGGGGCCCUUGGGUCCGUCCUGGGUACCGUAUAUAACAGGGGACGCAGGCGCAGAUGAGUAUCACACGACCAAGAGCUUCUUCAGCGGUCUCCUGUCAUCCACCUUGGGGCGACAACGCCGUGCAUCUCGCCUCCGUCUCGCCUACCUGUCAGGGUUGCCGCGCGCCUGCGACUCAGCAGUAACGGACGGGAAGCCUCACAAGCACGCGUUCGUGCUGAGCCCCGAGGUGGAGUUCUACUGUGACGUAGAGGCCCAGCAAUACGGGCCGCCGCUCGUCCGUUCGGGGCUGCGCGGGCUGCGCGUGCUCAAGACGGCCCAGUCGGGCUUCGAGGGCUUCGCCCGGGAGGGCUUCACUUCGCUCGAGGAGAGCCGCGACCGCCUCUUCUGCACCGAGAUGGAGCCGCGCUGGGCCUUCCAGCGCGGCCUCCCGCUCAGCGCCCGCGACUACGACGAGGCCAGGGAGCGUGUGCGCGCGUGUCUGCUGGAAGCUUUCGCCGGCCCCCCGGACACGGGGGUUUACUCCCCAUCCGUGCAGCGCACCCUCUACCUGGCCGGGCAGUCUGUGCUGCAGAGCCUACCGCACACGUACGAGACGCGCGUGGAGGACAUUCGGAUUACCAUGCCAAACCUUCACUACACCCCCAUCGACCUGAGAAAGCUGGGCCUCAAAAACAAUGACCAGACGUUGGCGAUCGUGGCCUACUCCAUGCAGCUCUGUCCGUGA